AUGGACCCUCAGAUCCCGGAAAGCUUCAACCACAGGACAGAGAAAUUGUCAACCGGUCGCACAUACCACUUCGUCGACCAAUUGCCGGUAGGGUAUCAUCCAAAACGCAACGCAACUAUCCUCUGUGUGCACGGCUUUCCGGACAUUUGGUAUGGCUGGCGUCAUCAGAUCGGCCCCUGGGUGCAUCUCGGAUGCCGCAUCGUGGUGCCCGACAUGCUCGGCUAUGGCGGCACUUCAAAGCCCAGUGACCCAGCAGAAUACUCGACGAAGAAACUCUGCACCGAUCUAGCAGCACUUCUUGACCUCUUGGAAGUUAGGAAAGCUGUUCUCAUCGGGCAUGAUUGGGGUUCAUACACAGUGGGUAGAUUUGCCCUCUGGUACCCAGACCGCCUUCACGCCCUUAUAAUGUUGAGUGUCCCAUACACUCCUCCCUCGCGGCAAUACAUGCCCAUCGAAAAGGUAGCUAAACGAGCUCCAAACCUGGGGUAUCAGGUCUAUUUUUCAAACCCUAAAUCCAGCCAAGACAUCUUGUCCCAUCUCGACAAAUUCUUGGCAUUAGUGUAUCAACCACCCCACUCGAAAUCGAUCGACUUCACCCCACUUGGAGUGCUGGAACACCUCCUGCUUCACGCACCAGACCACAAAAACCCCCACCUACUCACCGACAAAGAAUAUGACUAUUAUCGUGCCCAGUUGAGUAAAGGGAUGGUGGGUCCCCUUAACUACUAUCGCACAUCGAAAUUUAGACACGAUGAAGAACUAGCUGCAAAGCUACCUGCUAAUCUUCCAGCAGACUUACCGUAUCUCUUCCUGUGGGGAACAAAAGAUGCGACUGCAACUCCAUUCGUCAUCAACAAAUCACGCAAGUUCAUAUCUCGAUACCAAGAUGUAGCCAUUGAAGGCCGUGGUCAUUGGCUUAUGGUCGAAGCGAAGGACGAAGUGACGCAGGUCAUUGGAAACUGGCUCGAGGGAUUAACAUGUUCCAAGCCAGCGCGCCAUCAGGAAGGUUCAAAGCUGUGA